UUUCUCUCUACUGCAGCUCCUUUUUCUUAAGCUUUUCUACUCCAGAAGCGACACUAGCUCGAAGAGUGGAUUGCUUUGGAUCAUCCUAGUCAUAAUCUCUUAUAGAUCAUAUGAAACCAGGUCUUGCAUUUAGAAUCCAAGACGCAGUCAGGCAUCUUGGCAUUUGGUGGUUGGUUGAGGAGAUUGAUUAAAUGGAUCCUUAUGAGGGGAUUUGAUCUAAGACCUCUUUGCUUCCAUGACAAGAAAAAUGACAAAUUAAGCUAUUUUAUUGGGAAUUGAGACUAGUUGAUUAACCAGCAAGUAAUUGUGUUAUAUAGUAAUAACCCCAAAAUGACCCCUUAAUGCUUCCCAUGAGAUUACCACUCCAUUUGGUCUGCAACUCUUGUGAGAGCAAAUUUGUGAUAUUUCCAGUAGGAUUGACCUGCUUUAUUUUCCAGGGAAAUGUAGCUCUUGAUGAUGCUUGUAUCCUCCUACAACCAACUAAAGAAAUGGCAAUGACUGAUAUGGCUAGCCAUGCUUUGAAUGCUCUGGAGGAGAGCUCUAUCAGGUGGCUGCUUCAGCUUCUUCUCAACCCACUUCAGGUCAACAUGAACUGCACUUUGUUUUCUUCCACAAACCUGAUUGUUUUCCAGAAUCAGAAAAAAAAAAAAAGGCGGCCAUUUUUCUGGUGUGCACUGCGAGAAGAUAGUCCUAAAAGGUUUCAGUGGGUGCUGGAGAAUUUGAAGAUAUUGACUGUGGGUAAUAUUUUCUGGAUAGCAAGUUUUCACAAUUCAUAUAUAUGUCAACUAUAAAGUUUUUGAUCUUUUAGCCGACUCUUUACGGGAACCUUCAUGAUACCAUUCUUCAAUUUUCUCUUCUUUUAUUUAUCUUGAGACCAUGCCCCUUUACUUGACCUGGAAGACAAUCUUUUCAAAUUUUUUGGAAGUAAACCUAUUGUUGAUAAUAUCGUCUGGGAGAAUUGAACCCAUGCCUUUCUAUAUUUAGAAUCCCUCCAUUAUCACCUAAACUGAUCCUGGACGGAAAUUUGUAUCAUUUUUGAUAUAACAGUUUGUGUGCAGAGUCAAA